AUGCCCAACAUGCUUUCAAGACUUGGAAUGGAUACAAAGGAAGCUUUCCUCCACAGAUUUGAUAAAGGUCCUAUUUAUGUCCCACCACCACGCCCAAGCUAUUCACAACACCAUCCAUCAUCACCAGACAUAAACAAGACACCACUUUUCCCAAGGGAGAGCUAUCAAGCUGCGCGCCUAACCAAGAUUGAAGAUAUGCUUCAAGAGUACUUGAGAAAUCAAGAAGAGAGUACAAAGAAGAUGGAGAGAAGAAUCGAUUUCAUCCAUGAGAGCCUUGGAAACAAAUCUGAAGUCCUAUUCAAGCAAGUGAUCAAGCUUGAUGAAGACAUUAAGAAGUUAAGAGAGGAUCAUGAUCGAUCUUGA